AUGGAAAUCGAUAAACGUAAAUUUGUUUCUGAUGAGGAGAAUCAACCGAGUUCCUCUAAAAGAAGGGUGAUUGGCCCCACCUUACCCCCGGCAGCGCAAUCCCCCGAAUCUAGGGCCUCAUCUGCUGAGAGCGAAACGGACAGUGAUGAUGAUUUCGGACCCAGCAUGCCUCCUCCACAUGGUGUCUCCGAGGAGCCCAUUCAGACACCAAUACCUGAGUUGAAUUCAAUCGCAUCCGAUCAUGAGAAGAAGGAGAGUCAACGGGAUCAAUGGAUGCUACACCCACCUGAGCAGAGCGAUUGGGCGACUAAAAUCGACCCCACGCAAUUGCGGAAUCGGAAGUUCCAAACCGGAAAGUCUGCCCGCACAUCAGCAACGAAACAGGUUGAUGCUUCGUGGGUUGAAACCCCCGAGGAGAGAAUGCGACGGCUUGGGGAUGAGGUGAUGGGCGUGGGGGGCCCUUCUAGAAGUUCAAGCAAACCAUCCUCUACUUCUGAGGCGCGCCGAACUCAAUCCAUGGAAGAGCAAAUCAAAAAGUUCAAUGGCCAAAGUAAGAAAAUCACCCGUCUAGAAAAACCGGAUCAUGAGCGUAAGGAGGUUGAGGAUGACCCUUCUGCACGUGUUUUUGAUCGAGAAAAGGAUAUGGGGAUUUCAUCUAAGAUCUCUAGUGCACAGCGCCGGGAGAUGGUGAAUCGAGCCAGCGAUUAUGGCUCGCGCUUUAGCAAGGGGAGUUUUCUCUAG